UACAGCGCUUGUAUAACCCCGCCCAUCUCUGCCAGAGACCCGGGAUAUUGUGUGGAGCCAAAUCUCCCAUUUCCCUGCCAGUAGCAAUGUUGUACCGAUUCCCUCAGGAGUCCGUGUGUAGCUGAACGAACCCUCUCAGCAGCCCCGGGGCAGUGCCGCUCCCGUUAUAAAUAGUUUCACGGGGCGGGAAAAACUCCUCAUUUGAAUAAAGCGCCGAAAGUCACGUGAUUGAGACGCUCUGACGUCACCUGCGGUCCGAUUAGUAACUGGGAACUGUGUGACCGGCACCGGCACCGGCACCGGCACCGGCACCGGGCUGAGAAUGAGUGAGCGGGAAAUCCGGCAAUUAGAAAAGGCAAAAUGCAAAGCUCAGAGGUCUCACAAUUUAAAGGAGGAGGCGUCUGUGUGUAACCAACUGGGGGAGCUGCUGGCGCGGAAUGGGUGCUUUCGGGAGGCUAUAGAGGAGCACCGCCAGGAGCGGAUGAUCUGUGAGGGUUUAAGCGAUGUGAUUGGCUGUGCUGUGGCCAACCGGAAAAUUGGAGAGUGUUUUGCUGAGUUGGGGAACUUUGAAGCAGCUCUGAAGCACCAGAAGCUCCAUUUGGAUUUGGCCCGUUCUGUCUCUUCUGAUAUCGAGGAGCAGAGAGCCCUGGCUACCAUUGGCCGCACCUACCUGUAUAUGUGUGACGCUGGCCGUGCCGAGGAAGCCAAGGGGCCGGCGGAGGAGGCUUUCCUGAAGAGCCUGGCCAUUGUGGAUGAAAGGCUGGAGGGAAAGGUCUGUGUGCGAGAGCUAAAUGAGAUGCGAGCCCGACUGUACCUGAACCUGGGGCUCCUUUAUGAUCAGCUGAGAAGGACUGACAAGUGCAGCUUCUACAUCCGGAAAAGUGUCUUCAUAUCUGAGCAGAACCAGCUGUACGAGGACCUGUACCGAGCCAACUUCACCCUGGCUGGCAUCCAUAUGCGCAAUAAGGAGCAUUCCAAGGCCAUUAGGUGCUGGGAGGCAGCUCGAGAGUGCGCCCGCCGUAUGCGCGACAAACACAUGGAGAGUGAAUGCUACAGCAGCAUUGGGCAGGCGUUACUGACCCUGGGGGAUUUAUCUGCUGGAAAACGUUCCCUUAAGAAAUCCUUCCUCCUGGGCUCUCGGGAUCUGACGGACAGAGAUAUCGUGCGCAGGAACCUUAAAUACGCCAUCAGAGGUUGCCGCCUGGAGGAGUCCCUGUCUGAGCUGAGCGAAGAGGAUCAGCAGGGGGCGCUGUGUCUGUAUGAGCAGCUCGGGGACCUGUAUUGUAAAGUUGGCUGCUACACAAGAGCCAUAGAGGACUACAGAAUGCAGCUGAACUGCGCUGAGACGCUGGGAAGGCCGGAGCGGGAACUGGCUGUUAUACACGUAUCCUUAGCCACCACCUUUACUGACCUUAAGGACCACGUACAGGCUGUGAAGCAUUACCGGGCCGAGCUGGAACUGAGGAAGGGAAAUCCAUCUGAGGAAUGCAAGACUUGGAUGAACAUUGCUCAAUCUUAUGAGGAGGAUGGGCGAAGGCACACCGACAUACAGAGUUGCCUUUCCAAUGCAUUGCAGUGCGCCCAGCGGGCAGGAGAGGCUGCGCUGCAGAGGAAGGUUCUCCGCCAACUGCUGGCCGUGCAGGAGAAGUUGGGGGACCCAGAAGUGGGCGACACAGAGGCAAAACUACAGGAGCUGUGUUCAGGCCCUGGCGGGGAGAGCAGCGAGGAAGAGGAGGAGAUGGAGAAUAGUGAGCCCCUGCAGGAGAGUGACUUGGAACUGUCGCAGAGCGAGGAUGACGAGGAUCUGGAAGGGUAUGAAAAAUUAGUUCCUGGCAAGAGAAGAGUAAACCGGUGGAACCGGCGUAAUGAGAAGGGUGAGACGGUGCUGCACCGCGCCUGUAUUGAAGGCAACGCCAAGCUUGUCAAGACCUUAAUAGAGAAGGGCCAUCCUCUGUCCCCCAGAGAUUACUGCGGUUGGACCCCCCUCCACGAAGCUGCUAACCAUGGCCACUUGGAGAUCGUGGAACUUCUCUUGGAAAAAGGGGCCAACAUUAAUGAUCCUGGGGGGCCUUUGUGUGAGGGGAUCACCCCCCUUCAUGAUGCCCUGUCCAGUGGCAACUUCCACGUGGCCCAGUUACUGAUUCGCCGAGGUGCAUCUGUGACCCUGAAGAAUGCCAAGGGAGUCGCCCCUCUGGGAAGCCUCCAGGAUUGGAUCGGUACCUAUGGGAAACAUCUGGAUCAGGAAACCAGGCAGAACUGCAAGGAAACGGAAAGCCUUCUGCGGGAAGCUCUGGCCGGCCGGGUGGCUGCGGCCCCUUCUCGGCCCGAGAGCCUACAGGACAGCGAGCUGUUUGAUGCUGAGGGCUCGCAGCCUGAUUCGCUGGCUCCUUCCUGGGAUUCUAGGGCUGAUCCACAACGGACUGUACCCCAGAGAGAGCGAAGGAGGAACGACAGGGCAACCCGACCCAGCAAUAUCCAACUCUCAGCCCUAGAAGAGGAGCAGGAUGACUUUGUGGACACGUCUCCCCCUAUCUGCGCAAGCCCCCGGGCUGGGGGGGACAUGGGUUUUAGUACAGAAACAUUUGAACAGCUCUUGACUCCAUUAAAACCUGUGAAAAAGAGGCCCCGAUUUGAGGGGAAAAGGCCCUUAGCAGACUCUGCUUUGGGGAGAGAACAUUUAGAUGAAACUGAGGCAGAGAAUCCACCUUUCCCUCCAGUUCACCAGAUUAGGGCGCCCGACUGCGGCAUGGAGCAGUACCAGAAAGCCAUCAGGGAUUUGGGCAGUGCUAAGUCCCGCCUACUCACUCAGUCUCUGGCACAGCCAAUCAGCUCUACUCCAGACACUCUAUCCAAGAUGGCUCUGGUACCAUCAGAGGAGUACCUUGAUGAUGAUUGGCUGGAAGAUGACCUCCAGGAGACGCCGCGCAGCAGAAAGAGACAGCGCACGUUUACGCAGAGCAUUGAGGAGGAGGAAUCGCCAGUUAGCAGCCAAGAGACAGAAGCGCCAGCCCAACUCUCUCGUGUCAGGGAGAAGCAGCCAAUGCGUUCCCUCUCUGUAUCCAAUAAGAGGUCGCGCCAGACCAAGCUGACCCAAAUAGUGGACAGGACGGUUGUGGGAAGGACCAAAAACUCCGUACAGAACAACGCUUUUAUUCCCCGAGUGCAGGAGAGCGCCCCCACUAGGGGGCUGGGCUCGGCUAAAGACUCCUCAGGACUUCUGAGCCCCGUUAUUCUACAGCCCGCCGGGGUAGUACUCAAUCCCACUGUGCCUCCACCAAUCAGAGUGCGGGUCAGGGUGCAGGAUAACAUCUUCCUAAUCCCAAUACCUCACAGUGACAGCGAGACCCGGGAGAUCUCCUGGUUGGCCGACGAGGCUGCUCAGCGCUACUACCAGAGCUGCGGGCUGCUCCCCCGACUAACCCUAAAGAAAGAGGGCGCCCUACUGGCCCCACAAGAUCUCGUCCUGCAUGUUCUGCAGAGCAAUGAGGAGGUGCUGGCUGAGGUGCAUUCGUGGGACCUGCCCCCCCUCACAGACCGAUACAGGAAGGCCUGCCAGAGCCUGGCUGUGGAGGAGAAUCACCUGUUGGUAAGAGCCCUGGAGCGGCAGGAAUCCAGCCAAUGCCUAACAUUUUCCCACCUGUCUCUUCGCCCGCGAGACCUCGGCCCUCUCCUCCGAGCCUUAAAGCUGCAGAACUCCCUGCGCCAACUCCACCUUAGCGGCAACCUCCUGGGGGAUACGGAAGCGGCAGAGCUGCUGGCAGUGCUAAGUACGAUGCCCAACCUCACCCACCUCAAUCUGUCCUCCAACCGGCUGACCCACGAGGGGAUCAGGAAGCUGGCCAACAUAACACAGGAGGACCGCCCCUUUAAGAGCCUGGAGCACCUGGACCUAAGUGUCAACCCACUGGGGAAUGGUCUGUCCCAGCCACUGGCUCUUCUUCUUCGCUCGUGCCCUGUACUCAGCACUUUACACCUACGGGGGUGCCAGCUCUCUGCCAAGUUCCUACAGCAGUACCGCAUCCAGCUGGCAGAAGCCUUCCGAGGUGCUGUCCACCUGAAGACCCUCUCUCUAUCCCACAAUCCUCUGGGCUCCACUGGUUUGGAACUUGUCCUAAAGACGCUGGCACCAGAGACAUUAACGAGGUUGGACAUCCAAGCAGUGACUUCUGGGAAUAAGGAGGGGCUUCUGAUUGAGCCAUUGGUGCGAUACCUCUCCCAGGAUGGGUGUGUCUUGUCUCAUCUGAGCCUCGCCUGCAAUCACCUGACUGAUGGGCCUGCGCUGGAGCUGGCCAGGUGUCUCCCUGUCUGUCCUUCCCUGGUCUCUUUAGACCUGUCUGGGAAUCCGGGAAUUGGUGCUGAUGGUCUGGAAUGUCUCUUGGAGGGGAUUGGCGAGAGGAGCACAGAAAUGGCUGACCUUAACCUGGCAGGCUGCAGUAUCCGGGGGCCCCUCAGUACCUCCUGUUUGGGUGCCAUCUCCUCCUCGCUGUGUGAGUUCAGACUGGCAUCCCGUUGCCUCAGCAAGAUGGACAGAGACUCAUUGGCACAGGCCUGGCACGGGCACCCCCUCGUGCUUAAUCGCCAGCACAAAAUCUUCUGCAAGAGCCGCUGAGUUACGUGAAUGGGAGAAAUGGCGGCUGCUUGGCGCUCGGAGCCUUCCCGUGCCGCGUGGUAAUAACUUGCCCCUAAGGACUGACCCCCGGGGGCUGGGGGGGGGCAGAGUGCUUGGAUAGUCCGCCACACUGUCCGCCAUGUUGUUUCUCGGGGUUUCAGUCGCUGUGAAGGUCCUGAGAGUUUAUACUGAGAAACUCCCGAAUGCCUAAAGGAGAAAUUGGAAUGGCCCCUCCCAUUGCUCAUGAAGGCCAGGAGCAUUCUGGGUAAUGGUACUUUGUGUCACAUCCCACAGAGAAUGGGGCCAAGGGAGAAAUUUGUACAUUGGUAACAUCCCUGCUCCUCCCAGAGGUGGCGCCACCAACUGCUCUCAUUCGCUGGCUUCCAUUGGUGGCAGCAGGUCCCAGUUAUGCGCCCUCUGGCCGCUGCUGUGUAAUAACAUGUAUUUAUAUGGUUUUAUUUGGCAGGUAUAAUGUGCAGCUCUUUUUUAUACUGAUAUUUUUAGCUGGGUGGGUGGGGACAGUUGCUGAUCCGCCCUUUAUGUGAGUCUCUAUUUAUUUGUUUGUGUGUCUUCCUGUUGGAUAUAAAUAAACCCAUUGUGGAAAUGCC